CAUAAAUGGGUUCGUCACAAUCGAAUAAGAAAUUCAAAAUUACUAGUUGCAAGGAAUCUGGAGAAGCCAGAGCUGAACUGCUGAAGAAGUACAAGAUCAGUCAUGGAGUGAUUGGAGAAGGAGCUUUUGGAAAGGUUUAUAAAGGAUCUUGACUUGAAAAUUCUAAUAAUAAAGUCGCUAUUAAGGCAUUCAAAAAGAAGCAACUCUAUGAAGAUGAUAUCAAAUCUAUUGAAGCUGAAAUUAAAGUUCUUUCCCAGUUAGAUCAUCCUAAUAUUAUUAAAUACUACGAGUCUUUUGCUGACGAGGGCAAUAUGUAUAUAGUAACUGACUUUAUCAAAGGAAAGACUCUCUCCAAAUUGUUGGAGGAAGAAGCUACUGCCUUUAGCGAGGGCGAAUCUGCUCACCUAUUACACCAAUUGGCUAGUGCUAUUAACCACUGUCACUCUAAGAAUAUUACGCAUAGAGACGUUAAGCUUGAAAAUAUAAUGGUAGAUGAAAGAAUGAACGUUACUCUUCUUGACUUUGGGCUCUCCAAAACUUUCAAUAAGAAGAAGCUCCUGAAGUCUGCUUGAGGGACCCCAUCUUUCAUGGCUCCUGAAGCAAUGACUAACAACUAUAAUGAGAAGUGCGACGUAUGGUCUUUUGGGAUCGUCAUGUACAUCCUACUUACUGGUCGUCUUCCUUUCAGAAGUAAGACGCCUGAGAAAAUUUUAAAAGAAGCUUUGAAAUGUGAUCUUAAGCUAGGAAGAUCUUACUGGGACCAUAUCUCUAAAGAAGCCAAAGAUUUAAUCUCCAUGGUCCUCAACCCAGAUGCUCAGGAAAGAUUCUGCAUUCAAGAGGUUCUCGAGCACCCUUGGUUUGAUAUCGUUAGAGACGAUUCUACGGAUGAUAGCCAGGAAGGUCCUGAGCUCAGAGUUCUAGAGACUCUGACUAACUUCUCUUUCGAGAAUAAAUUUACGAAAGCAUGCAUGAGACUCAUAGCUAGCUUCACCAAAAUUCCUAGCGAUUCAGCUAUCAGGCAGGAAUUCAAUAGAAUCGAUGAGAAGAGAAAUGCUAUUAUUUCAAAGGAGGAACUGAGGAAUGCAUUUGACAAAAACGAUUUGAUUUAUACCGACAAAGAAUUAAAAACCAUCAUUGGAGAUCUUAACUUUUCAGGUGAAGAAUAUAUCAACUACACUGAGUUUUGCACUGCUACCAUGAAUAAGUCUGACAUUCUUAAUAGCAAAAAUUGUAAGAGUCUCUUUUCCCUCUUUGACUCAGACAAAGAUGGAGUGAUUUCUGGCAAAGAUAUAAUGAUGGGUCUGGAAAAAUCAGGAAUUUUCACGAAGAGUCUUAUUAAAGCAAUAAUAAAAGACUCAGGGAUUAAAAAGAGCCAAACCUUAGGAUUUGAAGAGUUUGAAGACAUGUUGUCUUCAUAACUCCUAUCCUAAAUCGUCUGCCACAGCAGCGUGUAAUAAAUUUUAGGUUAAUAUAAUUCUUAG